AGGAAGCUGGCACGGUAUAUAAGGAUCGGCUCAGGCACUUAGUUGGCACUCAGUAUCUCCAUCUCACCACCUGCACCUCCUCCUCCUCCUCCUCCAGCAGCGUCGCCUUCUGCAGUUGAUUAUCUCCCGUCAGCAUGAACUCGCUCGUCGCCAUCCUCGGCCUCGCCCUCCUUGUCGCCUCGUGCAGCGCUGGCGGCUUGCGCGGUGGACACUUCAUCGGCGGCUUUGACUCCCAUGAGGUGAUCGGGGGUGGAGGUUUCGUCAGCGGCGGCUACGGCGGUGGCGGCUUCCACAGAGGCGGCGGUGGCGGCUUCCACAGAGGCGGCGGCGGCGGCUUCCACAGGGGCGGCGGCUACGGCGGGGCGUCCAUCGUGCCAGCUAUCGGCGGCCUUGUGCACUCCUCCAUCCACAGCGGCGGAUAUGGUAGCUUCGGCGGGCACUCCAUCGAGCACGACAUCUCCUUCGGUGGGCACCAUGGUGGGUACAGGCGCCCAUCCUACGGCCGCCCAUCCUACAGGCGCUGGUAGGGGCUGAGUAGUGCCCAGGCACACCUCUCUCCUCGCCGUGGUGGCCUUGGUGGUCAUUCCUUCACUGGAUGCUAUAUCUUUGUGCCUCUUAUUUAAAAGUCUAAAGUCUUCAUUCCUCGGUCGUCUUGAAUAAAAUAAUUUCGAUUCCUA